CAAAAUACUACAAUGUGUGUUUAGCGCCUCUACCGAUAUAUGCGUGAGAAAGGCAAAAGUUGACAUCGAUUCUACCUUUUUGGAAAUUUAACCAUGUCGAAGCGAGGACGUGGAGGAGCAGCCGGAGGAAAAUUCCGGAUCAGUCUUUCGCUGCCUGUUGGCGCAGUCGUCAACUGUGCUGAUAAUACAGGUGCAAAGAACCUUUACAUUAUCGCUGUCAAGGGUAUUCGAGGUAGAUUGAAUCGGUUACCUGCAGCUGGUGUCGGUGAUAUUGUACUUGCCACAGUUAAAAAGGGUAAACCUGAACUUCGGAAAAAAGUGCAUCCUGCUGUAAUAAUCCGACAAUCGAAAUCAUAUCGUCGGAAACAUGGACAGAUGAUUUACUUUGAAGAUAAUGCCGGAGUAAUAGUAAAUCAAAAAGGAGAAAUGAAAG